UCGUGGUCUCCGCCCCGCUCGCCACAGCUGGGAAGCACCUUCUUCGCGGUCCCCCAGAGCUCCCCAGGGUCCGGAGGAGCCUGCCACCUCCCCCAGGGUGUCCUCUUUCUUUCUUUGCGCCACCUCCUCGAGGGUGUCCUCUUUCCGUCCAGCAGUCACUUUCAUCCUCUAUCUUCCUUCGCUGGUGUCCUUGACCCCUCCACCCACAGCGUGGUCUUUCUGGCAGUCCUUCCCCAACCCCCAAGUUCAGGCACCAAGUCGAUGUUAAGACUCCAGGGACUCCAGGCACAUGGAUGAACCGUGUUUUCAGGGUUGACCAGCAGUGAUCUCACAGACAUACACACACUGACCCCUGCUGCAGGUCACAAGCUGUCUGUCGUCUGCCUUUCCUGUGUCAUAAAGAAUUUUGACUCUCACAGUGAGCUUGGAUCAUGUUUACACUGUGUCCUUUAUGCUUGGCACCAUCAGCAGGUUUCCCAUGCGCUCCCCACCUGUCUUUUUUGAUGAUCCACCACCCAGGUUUCCCUUUUUGCCCUCUCAUGGAGUCUCCGGGGUCACUCUGGCCAAGGGAUGAGACAGUGGAUCAAGCAGGUGCUAAACCAGGACUUAACAUUCCAGCACAUAAAGAUUAUUUACCCAACGGCUCCUACCAGGCCAUAUACUCCUCUGAAGGGAGAGCUCUCCAAUGUGUGGUUUGACAGAUUUAAAAUAUCUAACGACUGCCCAGAACACAUUGAGUCAAUUGAUAAAAUGUGUCAAGUGCUCACUGGAUUGAUUGAUGAAGAAAUAAAAUCUGGCAUCCAGAAGAGCAGGAUAUUAAUAGAAGAACUUUAUGACGGACGCCCCUGCUGUGCCCAGCCCUGUUCCAAGCACAGGGAGAUCUUUCUUCUCCAGCGACUGCUAGGCGGAUUUUCUAUGGGGAGCUGCAUGGCGAUGCAUUUAGCGUACAGAAACCACCCAGACGUGGCAGGAGUAUUUGUUCUUUCUGGUUUUCUGAAUAAAGAAUCUGCUGUUUACCAGGAUCUUCAGCAAGGUGGCCGCACACUCCCUGAGCUCUUCCAGUGUCACGGCACUGCAGAUGAGCUAGUUCUUCACUCUUGGGGCGAGGAGACAAGCUCAAAACUGAAAUCUCUGGGAGUGACAACGACGUUUCACAGCCUUCCAAAUGUCUACCAUGAGAUCAGCAAAACUGAGAUGGAGAGGCUAAAGUCGUGGAUUCUCACGAAGCUGCCCGAAGAGACAGCCAGGCAGAGUGUAUGACUCCCACCCAGUAUGUUGACUGUUCAUCUUACAGUUAACAUUUUUCUCUUAUUCGACCCUCACAAAAAUUAAGAUUAUUAGAACAGCCAGCACCCCUAUAUUAUACAAAUGAAAUUGCGUAUCCGUCUAUUUUCAUUCAACAAGAUUGUCUUGAAAAUCAUCAUGUAGUGCAUGUCAGCUGUUGAUUUUGUUGCUGCACAGGUGGCAUUGAUGGGGCACACUGGAAUGUGCCUGUCCAUACACGACAGAUUUGGGGCACAUUGGAAUGUGCCUGUCCAUACACGACAGAUUUGAGUGACUUCCUGUGUACGGCUGAACUAAGUAGGGCUGCCAUGCUAAGGGUGGAGAGCCGGGUGACAGUGUGGUAGCAUCACCUGAAAUGGCCCAGCUCUUUCUCAAUGUGGCUUUAGCAUCUUCCAUUGAACAGUGUGGUGGCCCCUGAUGCCCAGUUCUGCAUCAGACUUUCAUCUUGUCGGUUCUGGUGGCUGUGUGGUAGUCAUGUAAUGCUUGAUUUCCAUUUUCUUGGUGCCAGUGGUGGGAUGCAGAAUCCUACACUAAAGGGUUUUUCCAGAUUUGUGAAAAUCCGUUUGUCCUCCCCAGUCUGUUUGUAGAUUAUCUUUGUGAAAGUUAUCUACUGCCGUGGUAUAAUGACAAAUAAAAUGUGAGUAAAUAACUGA